GAGGAGGCGGAGAGGGAGGCUGCGACGGGCGGUGGCGCCUGCAGGGAAAGGAGCGCGGUGAGGGCGCGAGUGGGAAAGGGGCGCGGCGCGAAGGGGCCCAGGCGCGAGAGGUUGCCUCUCGCAGCUGCUACGGCCGCAGCGCCUCUCGCCUUCUCCUUCAGGUGGCGCAAAACUUGGGAGACUUUCAGGUUUGGCAGAUGUGUUCCCCGCCGCCGCCUGCCCCGGCCUUCACCAAGGCCAAAACCGAUUUCGACUGCUCGGCGGCUGAGGGGUCGGCAGACUCCUAGGCUUCGCGCUCUGGGCUGGCGCUCCGCAGCUGGUUCACCUACAGGCUGCCGCGAUGCCCCUCAACGUCAGCUUCGCCAGCAGGAACUAUGACCUCGACUACGACUCGGUGCAGCCCUAUUUCUACUGCGACGAGGAGGAGAACUUCUACCACCAGCAGCAGCAGAGCGAGCUGCAGCCGCCGGCGCCGAGCGAGGAUAUCUGGAAGAAAUUCGAGCUGCUGCCCACCCCGCCCCUGUCGCCGAGCCGCCGCUCCGGGCUCUGCUCGCCCUCCUACGUUGCGUUCGCGUCCUUCUCCCCCAGGGACGAUGAUGAUGGCGGCGGUGGCAGCUUUUCCACGGCCGACCAGUUGGAGAUGGUGACCGAGCUGCUAGGAGGAGACAUGGUGAACCAGAGCUUCAUCUGCGACCCGGAAGACGAGACCUUCAUCAAAAACAUCAUCAUCCAGGACUGUAUGUGGAGCGGCUUCUCCGCCGCCGCCAAGCUUGUCUCGGAGAAGCUGGCCUCCUACCAGGCUGCGCGCAAAGACGGCGGUAGUCGGAGCCCCGCCCGCGGGCAGGGCGCCUGCUCCACGUCCAGCCUGUACCUGCAAGACCUGAGCGCCGCCGCUUCCGAAUGCAUCGACCCCUCUGUGGUCUUCCCCUACCCGCUCAACGACAGCAGCUCGCCCAAGCCCUGCGCCUCCCCGGACUCCACCGCCUUCUCCCCGUCCUCGGACUCUCUACUGUCCUCCGCUGCUUCCUCCCCGCGGGCCAGCCCCGAGCCCCUGGUGCUCCAUGAGGAGACACCACCCACCACCAGCAGCGACUCUGAGGAAGAACAAGAGGAUGAAGAAGAAAUUGAUGUUGUGUCUGUGGAAAAGAGGCAGCCCCCUGCCAAAAGGUCAGAAUCGGGGUCCCCCUCUGGCGGAAGUCACAGCAAACCUCCUCACAGCCCACUGGUCCUUAAGAGAUGCCAUGUGUCCACCCAUCAGCACAAUUACGCAGCGCCCCCCUCCACUAGGAAGGACUAUCCCCCCACCAAGAGGGCCAAGUUGGACAGUGGCCGAGUCCUGAAACAGAUCAGCAACAACCGCAAAUGUGCCAGCCCCAGGUCCUCUGACACGGAGGAGAAUGACAAGAGGCGGACACACAACGUCUUGGAACGCCAGAGGAGAAAUGAGCUGAAACGCAGCUUUUUUGCCCUGCGUGACCAGAUCCCAGAGUUGGAAAACAAUGAAAAGGCCCCCAAGGUAGUUAUCCUUAAAAAAGCCACUGCAUACAUCCUGGCCAUCCAAGCAGAGGAGCAAAAGCUUAUUUCAGAAAAGGACUUAUUGCGGAAGCGACGAGAACAGUUGAAACACAAACUCGAACAGCUACGGAACUUGUGUGCAUAAAAGUUGUCCUAUUGGAGGGAGGAACUGGAAUCUUUCAUGAACUCUCAUUUGUUACUAAGAGAAAGUAAGGAAAAAGGUUCCUUCUGAUAGAACUUACAACAACUCAUUAUGUAUUUCUUUUUCCAAAUGCAUGUAAAGUGCAGUCUCACACAACCUUGGCUGAGUCUGAGGACUUAAAGACUUAGCCAUAACAUAAACUGCCUCAAAAGAAUAACUUGGCAUAAAAGAACUUUUUUUAUGCUUACCAUUGUUUUCUUUUCCUCUUUAAAAGAUUUGUAUUUAAGAACUUUUUUUAAAAAUAUUACCAUUAAAUGUAAAUAAAUUUAAUAAAACAUUUAUAGCAAUUAUGCGAAAUCAAAAGUUCUGUAUUAUAAACCAUAAUUUUUUUUAUUUAAAUUUUCCUUUUUAAAGUUGAUUUUUUUUAUUGUUUGUAAAAAAAAUAAAAUU